AUAUGACCAAUUAAUUGAAAGGUCCGAUAUCGAUGACCCUAACCACAUUCUCAUCUCUCUCUCUCUACCGAUCGAACAUGCAGAAAGCCGUAUUGAUAUUAAGCAUUCGUGACGAAAGGGUUCGAAAGAAAGUACUUGUGACCACCUCCGGUUUUCCGGGGAUUAAAUCUGUUGAAAUCGACGAUAAGAACGAGAGAUUGACGGUAAUUGGAAACAUCGAUGUGUCGGUUAUUGCCAUUAAAUUGAGGAAGAUAUGUAAAUCAUGCAUCAUCGAUACGGUCGAACCGGUGAAAGAACCGGGGGCGAAACCAAAGCCGGGCCCUCCUAAACCGGACGUGGCUCCCGUUCCGGUUAUCCCUCUGGGUUACCCAUUCAAUUACUAUCCUUCGUCGUACGGAAGUUGUUACUAUCAUCCUCCCUAUGCAAAUGCCAAAAUUGUGGAGGAAGAACCUAAAAUUUGUGUGAUUUUGUAAAAAAGUGUUCGGAUGAAUAUUGUUUUUCCUAUUGGCAAUAAAUAUUUUAUAUAAUAUUUUUAA